GCCUCUGCCUCCGCUCCCGGCCGCUUUCACUUUCCGGCCCGGUCGCAGCCCCGGGGUAGGAUGUCGCGGCCCAGUAGCGAGUCCCCGCAGCCUGCGCCGGGCGGCCGUGGCGGCCGCGGCCGGGCCAAAGGGCUGCGGGACAUCCGCGUGGACGAGGAGGUGAAGAUCGCCGUGAACUUGGCCCUGGAGCGGUUCCGAUACGGCGACCAGCGAGAAAUGGAAUUUCCCUCUUCUUUGACUAGUACGGAACGAGCUUUUAUUCACCGACUGAGUCAGUCCCUUGGCCUCAUCUCCAAAAGCAAAGGGAAAGGAGCAAACAGAUACCUAACUGUAAGGAAAAAAGAUGGUUCAGAAUUGGCACGUACAGUAAUGACUUACAGUUUGAUUCCCAAUACAAAACAUGCUAUUAGGAGUCUAAUUCAGAGAUUUCCCGUCACUAAUAAAGAACGCACUGAACUUUUGCCAAAAACAGAACGAGGAAAUGUGUUUGCUGUCGAAGCUGAGAAUCGAGAAAUGAGCAAGACAAGUGGGAGACUUAACAACGGCAUCCCUCAGAUUCCAGUGAAAAGGGGAGAAUCUGAAUUUGAUUCCUUCAGGCAAUCUCUACCAGUUUUUGAGAAACAGGAAGAAAUUGUCAGAAUUAUUAAAGAAAAUAAAGUUAUUUUGAUUGUGGGAGAAACUGGAUCAGGAAAAACGACUCAGAUUCCUCAGUUCCUUCUUGAUGAUUGUUAUAAAAAUGGAAUUCCGUGUCGCAUAUUUUGCACUCAGCCAAGACGUUUGGCAGCAAUUGCUGUGGCUGAAAGGGUUGCUGCAGAAAGAAGAGAAAAGAUUGGCCAGACAAUUGGUUAUCAGAUCCGAUUAGAAAGCAGGGUUUCUCCGAAGACACUAUUAACAUUUUGCACUAAUGGUGUUUUACUUCGCACACUAAUGGCAGGAGAUAGCACACUGUCAACAGUGACACAUGUUAUUGUGGAUGAAUUACAUGAGAGGGAUAGAUUUAGUGAUUUCUUGUUAAUAAAACUCAGAGACAUAUUGCAAAAACAAGCAAAUUUGAAACUGAUUCUAUCUAGUGCUGCCCUAGAUGUGAAUCUGUUUAUCAGAUAUUUUGGAAGUUGUCCGGUAAUUCACAUACAAGGAAGACCAUUUGAGGUUAAGGAGAUGUUUUUAGAAGACAUUUUACGAAGUACUGGAUAUACAAAUAAAGAAAUGGUGAAAUACAAAAAAGAAAAGCAGCGAGAAGAGAAACAGCAAACAACCCUCACAGAAUGGUAUUCUGCUCAAGACAGUAGUAGUAAACCAGAGGCUCAAAGACAAAGAUCUGUCCCGAGUGUAGCUGAAGAAUAUGACCUGUUGGAUGAUGGUGGUGACACAGUAUUCAGUCAGCUGACUGAGAAAGAUGUGAACUGUCUUGAACCUUGGUUAAUAAAAGAAAUGGAUUCCUGUCUCUCUGACAUAUGGUUGCAUAAAGAUGUUGAUGCCUUUGCUCAGGUGUUUCACCUUAUUUUAACUGAAAAUGUCAGUGUUGAUUACAGGCACAGUGAAACCAGUGCAACUGCACUAAUGGUUGCUUCAGGGAGAGGCUUCUUGAGUCAAGUAGAGCAGCUAGUCAGUAUGGGAGCAAAUGUGCACUGCAAAUCAUCCAAUGGCUGGAUGGCUUUGGAUUGGGCUAAGCACUUUGGACAGACUGAGGUGGUUGACCUUCUGGAAUCCUAUAGUGCUUCCUUGGAGUUUGGAAAUCUGGAUGAAAGUUCCCUGGUCCAGGCAAAUGGUGGUGACCUUAGUGCAGAAGACAGAGAACUACUGAAAGCAUACCAUCACAGUUUUGAUGAUGAGAAAGUGGAUCUGGACUUGAUUAUGCACCUACUUUACAACAUCUGUCAUAGUUGUGAUGCUGGAGCAAUUUUAAUUUUUCUACCUGGCUACGAUGAAAUAGUUAGCUUGAGGGAUCGCAUUCUGUUUGAUGACAAGAGAUUUGCUGAUAAUGUUCACAGGUACCAGGUUUUUAUGCUGCAUUCAAAUAUGCAAACAUCAGAUCAGAAGAAGGUGCUGAAAACUCCACCCCCAAACAUCCGCAAAAUAAUUCUUUCAACUAACAUCGCAGAAACCAGCAUUACAGUCAAUGAUGUUGUGUUUGUUAUUGACUCUGGCAAGAUGAAAGAGAAAUCCUUUGAUGCAUUGAACUGUGUUACAAUGUUAAAAAUGGUAUGGAUUUCAAAAGCUAGUGCCCUCCAGCGAAAAGGCAGGGCUGGGCGCUGUCGGCCUGGAAUCUGUUUCCGACUCUUCAGCAGGCUCCGAUUUCAGAAUAUGUUGGAAUUCCAGACUCCAGAACUUCUAAGAAUGCCAUUGCAGGAGCUUUGUUUGCACACAAAACUGUUGGCUCCAAUUAACUGUCCUAUUGCUGAUUUUCUGAUGAAAGCCCCAGAUCCUCCACCAGGCUUAAUUGUCAGAAAUGCUGUUCAAAUGCUUAAGACAAUAGAUGCCAUGGAUACCUGGGAAGAUCUCACGGAACUCGGUUAUCAUCUUGCUGACCUCCCAGUAGAGCCACACCUUGGUAAAAUGGUGUUGUGUGCUGUUGUUUUGAAGUGCCUGGAUCCUAUUCUUACCAUUGCUUGCACUCUUGCAUAUCGAGACCCUUUUGUCCUACCUACACAGGCCUCACAAAAACGUGCAGCUAUGCUGUGUAGAAAACGUUUUACUGCGGGAACAUUUAGUGACCAUAUGGCGCUUCUCAGGGCUUUUCAGGCAUGGCAGAAGGCACGGAGUGACGGGUGGGAGAGAGCCUUCUGUGAGAAGAACUUUCUUUCCCAGGCUACAAUGGAAAUAAUCAUAGGGAUGAGGACACAGUUACUUGGUCAGCUCAGAGCUUCAGGUUUUGUGAGGGCUAGAGGUGGAGGUGAUAUUCGGGAUGUUAACACCAACUCUGAAAACUGGGCCGUAGUUAAAGGUGCUCUAGUAGCUGGGAUGUAUCCAAACCUCGUCCAUGUGGACAGAGAGAACCUUGUAUUAACUGGGCCAAAAGAGAAGAAAGUGCGAUUUCACCCAACCUCUGUUCUUAGUCAACCUCAGUAUAAAAAGAUUCCUCCAGCAAAUGGCCAAGCUGCAGCUAUUCAGGCGCUCCCCACAGAUUGGCUAAUAUAUGAUGAAAUGACUAGAGCACACAGAAUAGCAAACAUCCGAUGCUGUUCUGCUGUGACACCUGUUACAGUGUGCCUCUUUUGUGGACCAGCAAGAUUACCAAGUAAUGCUUUACAGGAGCCCUCAUCUUUCAGAGUGGAUGGUGCACCUAAUGAUAGUAGUGAUAGUGAGAUGGAAGACAAAACAACUGCUAAUCUAGCUGUAUUGAAGCUAGAUGAAUGGCUGCAUUUCAAACUAGAUCCUGAGGCUUCCAGUCUGCUGUUACAACUCAGACAGAAAUGGCACAGCUUAUUUCUUCGCCGCAUGAGAGCCCCUUCUAAACCUUGGUCUCAAGUUGAUGAAGCAACUAUAAGAGCAAUCAUAGCUGUUUUAAGUACUGAAGAGCAGUCUGCAGGUUUACAGCAGCCUUCAGGAAUUGGACAAAGACCAAGACCAAUGUCUUCUGAAGAGCUUCCCUUAGCAUCUUCAUGGAGAUCAAAUACUAGCAGAAAAAGCUCAGCAGAAACAGAAUUAUCUGAUGACUCUUCUAAUGCUGAAAAAGUCUUAAUGAAGUCUACAUCACCAGCAUUUCACCAGCCACAGAAAUACAAAGAAAGAGGUAUCUUACAUUCCAAACGAAGUUCAGAAGACAGGUCAGAUCAGUCAUCUGUGAAAUCCACAGACAGUAGCAGUUAUCCCAGCCCAUGUGCCAGUCCUUCUCCUCCAUUAUCUGGAAAGGGUUCCAAGUCUCCUUCGCCAAGACCAAAUAUGCCAGUUCGGUACUUCAUAAUGAAGAGUAGCAAUCUGAGAAACCUUGAUAUUUCUCAGCAAAAGGGUAUAUGGUCUACAACCCCAAGCAAUGAGCGGAAACUAAAUCGAGCUUUCUGGGAGAGCAGUAUAGUUUACUUGGUAUUUUCAGUUCAAGGAUCUGGACAUUUUCAGGGUUUUGCUAGAAUGUCCUCAGAGAUAGGACGUGAGAAAAGUCAGGAGUGGGGCUCCACAGGCUUAGGAGGAGUGUUUAAGGUGGAGUGGAUCCGGAAAGAAAGUCUUCCCUUUCAAUUUGCGCAUCACUUACUCAACCCUUGGAAUGACAAUAAGAAAGUACAAAUAAGCAGAGAUGGACAGGAACUGGAACCACAGGUUGGAGAACAGUUGCUACAGCUUUGGGAUCAUAUUCCUGUGGUUGGAAAAAAUGCAACUGAUUGACGAUGCACAGAAAUACACUUGAGCUAUGGCUGCUAAGAACAUCUGUUUAAUAAGCUCUGAACCCUGCAGUGCAUCUGCAAAAAAA